AUGGCGGUGGUCAAGGGCACAGAGCUCGCAAAGCACAAUGACCGAAAGUCUUGCUGGCUUGUCAUCCAUGGCGAGGUAUGGGAUACAACCAAGUUCCUCGAACAACAUCCAGGCGGCGCGAAUUUGAUUCUCAAGUUGGCCGGAAAAGACGCUUCUGACGAGUAUGACCUCUUUCACGAUGCUGAACUCGUCCGUGAGACUCUUGGAUCUGAUGCAAGAAUGGGGACGAUAGAUGUCUCGACCAUACCGAUCAUGAUGGACGGGAAACCGGAGCUGGUACUAGAAGCCAAGAAGAGUCCACCUUUGAGCUCUAUGAUCAGUGUAAAUGACUUCGAGAACGUGGCAGAGAAGAUCAGUAUGAAAGGAAAUGCCAAGGCCUACCAAAAGAUCCUUUUACGUGGUCGAAUACUGCGAAAAGUCAGAAGAGUCGACUGCAGCACCACCAUUCUCGGCUAUCCUUCUGCUCUGCCCAUUUACACUUCACCUGUUGGUCUGGCAAAGUUGGUACAUCCAUCAGGUGAGUGCGCCAUUGCAGCAGCUGCUGGAAAAGAAGGCUGCAUCCAGGUAGUCAAUACUGUUUCCAGUAUGCCGAUCGAGGAAAUCAUGGAUGCACGAAUUUCAAAAGAUCAAGUCAUUUUCUGGCAACUAUAUGCGGACAAAGACUUGAAAAAGUCGAAGGCAUUCAUCGAAAGAGUUGAAAGAGCCGGUGUGGCAGCAAUCUGGCUCACGGUUGACUCUCCUGUGGUUGGAAAUCAAAAGAUGGAGGAAGUUGUCGAGACAACACAAAGCGUCGGCAUUGCAAAGGCAAACACCGGCUUCAUCAACGCCGACCUCGAUUGGGACAUGAUUGACUGGCUACGAAAAUCCACCAAGUUGCCAAUUGUGAUCAAAGGGAUCCAAACGGUCGAAGACGCCGUGUCAGCUUUCCACCACAAAGUCGACGGCAUCGUGCUCAGCAAUCAUGGAGGUAGAUCUCAAGACACCGCCCAGCCUCCACUCCUAACACUCCUCGAAAUCGAUCGAUAUGCUCCCCAAAUCCUUGGCAAACAUAUGCAAGUCUUCGUCGAUGGUGGUAUAAGACGAGGCACCGACAUCAUCAAGGCGCUGGCAUUGGGAGCAAAUGCCGUUGGCAUUGGAAGGCCAGUUUUGUACAGCAUGUCUGGCGGAUAUGGUGAAUAUGGUAUCAGACGCAUGAUCCAGAUACUUCGAAACGAACUGCAGACAAACAUGGCCUUUAUUGGUGCAAGCAACGUCAGGGAGCUUGAGCGCAACAUGGUCAACACGAGCAAGCUGGAAAAAGACAUGGUAGGAUCGGUGAAAUUAUAG